UUGGGCAUUCUGCGUCAUUCAUUGGUGCCGACAGAGGAGACGGCGAGGACUCGAACAAAUCGAGUGUGGGUGGACGCGUUGCCACUGGUGGCGACAGGGAUGGGGGCCGUAAUGCCUUCGCCGACCAGCGCUCCAUAUGCCUUCCAUGCUACACAGUUCUGCAUCGGUGAUCGCGUUCUUGGAGUGGUAAGGAAGAAAACUGGAGACAUUUUCUACCUUGAUAUUGGUUGUCCUGCUCCUGCCUCCCUCAAUGCCCUCGCUUUCGAGGAUCUGGAAGUCGAACUUACGUGCGUGGAUGAAGCUGGGAAGGCGGCUGGAAUGGGAAUUCUGGGUCGUCAUGAACCGGGCUCAGUGGGUAAUGCGGGUGGUAUGAGCGGCGGAGUGAUGCUUAGCUGCUCUCUGGAGCUUUCUCGACGUCUGAUCGACACCAAAAAAUUUCCGCUGCUGGCGAAGCUGGGUGAGGUGGGUGACAGAAGCGUUAACCCGAUUGUCUAUAAUUCUAUUUUUUAUACAUUACAGCACGCUUUGCUCUCGCCUUGCGCCGCCCUAAUGGCGUUGAUUUAA